GACCUGGCAGAGGGCGUCUUGAAGAUUUGCUACCAGUUUCGCCUGGACUUUCCACCCAACAAGGACCACGACGUGGCGUUGGGCAAGACCAAGAUCUUCAUUCGCAAGCCCAAUACGCUCGCACUUUUGGAAAAUGCACGCAAGGCCAAGAUUCCAGACCUAGUCGUCGUCAUCCAGGCACGCUGGCGCGCCUUUAUGGCACGACGCUACGUGCGCCGUUUGCGGGCUGUCCUGGUGAUUCUGCGGGUGUUUCGCAACUACAAGUUGCGCAAACACUUUAUCAAAAUUCAGCGUGCCUUUGCCAACGUCGCGCAGGACCCCGAUUAUGGCCGUGACAUUGUAUGGCCAGCGGCCCCAGCGGUCUUGGACAAAUUUACGCAGUCGCUGCAGUAUAUCCACAAAAAGUGGCGUGCACGUCAGAUCGUUGCUCGCAUGUCGGAAGACUUGCAACAAGCCAUGCGCUUGAAGGUGCUGGGCUAUGUCCUGUUGCACCGCCGCACCUCCUACUGGGGCCUCCAGCGAGCAUGGGAAGGGGACUAUUUGUCUCUCCCGAUGGAAAACGAUGCACCGGCACUCUAUGAGCAAAGCGUCAAGGGCCUGCUGUCUCAGGGCAAGACACAACUGCGUGGCUUUGUCAUGACUGACAAGGCACUGCUCAAAUUGGACCCUUUGAAGGAGUACAAGCUUGGGUCGGACCCUAUCCAGUUGAUGCACGUGGACGCUGUCACCAUCCCCUCGCAGGCCGAGCCGGUGAUUGUGCUGCACCUCCGCGACACCAACGACCUGGUCCUGUACUUUAAGUCUGGAGGCGAGCGCAUCGGCGAGUUUGUGACCUUGUUGGCUCGCCAGCUGUACAUGAAUCGUCGCUUGUUGCAGAUCCAUGUGCGCGACAGCAUUACUUUUCGGUUUGGUGGCACGCUGGACCUUUCGCUUCAACGCGGCGCCAUGGUCACCGAGCCCGUGUUUACUAAAGUGGCAGCUCUUCGCCUGUCGGACGAGGUGGUGACGGCCGACGCAUAA